UACUGUAUAUCUUCCCUGUAAAUGCAUUGAUUGUGUUGUGAAUCUGUUGUGCUGAAAUUGUGUGUUUACUUUGUUGUAAACUUAUAUUUCUGUUGUGGUUUCACAUUCGUCGCUUUCCGUUGAAGUACAAUGAGUGGUAAAGCAGCAUAUAGCUCACCGCUAGGACCUAGGGAAUCAAUAAGUUCUACUGGUUUAAAUUUCAACAGCUUUGCAAAGCCAUUAGGGCAGUUUUCACCCCGUCAGCUUAGUUCUCCAUCUAGUAGCUCGCCAAGUUCGGCACAAGGAGAUUUUAUACCGCUUGGUUAUAGUAGUCCUAUAAAGCACCCUAGUCAAAGGGGAAGGGGGAACUGGAAGGGGUCCCGUCGCAGUAGUAAUAGCCCUGCUAAUUCGGGUUUCAAUUCUAGUUGCAGCCCGUACACUGUAAAUAGGCCGCAGAAGUUCUCUUUUAAUAGGCGUAGUAGAGGAGGUCAUGGAAAUUCUAGCAGUACGAGUUACUCAGAUGAUAUAUCCCUAUACGUCAACCAUUCUAUGGUUGAAGACCCGUGGUCAAACCUCGAGAAAAAGUUAAAGAACAGUAGAAAUUCAGGUGCUAGCACCGUACUUACCAUGAGUGAUUCAGAUUACAUGGGCGACUCCCAGGGAAACCAAAGCAGCACGUCAUCCGACGAUGCAUCAUCAUGAAAACAAGCAAGAUUCGCUCAGAAAGUGUUUUGUGAGAGUUGACGCCGUUGUCAGCUUUUGUUUCGCUGUUAAUCUUCAUUGUGCGUCAAUUUGUUUUCCAUCGUUGUGCAAAAGUGCACAGUUGAUUUAUUGUUUCAACAGUUGUGUGUGUGUGUGUGUGUGCUAGAGAGAGAGAGAGAG